UUGAGAGUUCAGUUCGUUCGGUCUUCAAAAACCGCAGACUGGCCUGAAGUCCUCACACAGUUUUGUGAAAUGGCAUGAUGGAAUUGGCAAGAUUUGCCCGGAAAACCUUGGGUGGUACCUUCGAGAAGAUUGAUAUUGAGCGGAACGAAGUUGGACCCGAGGACGUGGAGUUUGAGAUCAAGUAUUGUGGGAUCUGUCAUUCCGAUGUUCACAUUGCGGACAAUCUGUUUGGGGAAACCAAGUACCCUAUCGUUCCCGGACACGAGUUGGCCGGAAUCGUUAGCAAGAUAGGCGACAAAGUGACCAAAUAUAAGAUUGGAGACCACGUGGGCGUUGGAUGCAUCGUAGAUUCUUGCAUGAAAUGUGAUUCCUGCUCCAAGGGUGACGAGCAUAUCUGUGCUAAGGGUUUUAGCAUGACCUAUGAUAGCGACACCAAACACGGGCAUAUCGCCACCAACACCGGCUACACGUUUGGGGGUUAUUCAGAGAAGAUCACAAUGAAUGAACGGUAUGUCGUGGCCAUUCCGGAUGGGUUUGACCUGAAACGGGCUGGACCCGUACUUUGCGCCGGAGUGACCAUGUACUCGCCUUUGAAGCACUGGGGAGCCUUGAAGGGUGGACUCAAGGUCGGCAUCGCGGGAAUUGGAGGCCUGGGUCAAAUGGGCAUCCGAUUAGCCGCCGCCAUGGGAUGCGAGGUGACGGCCAUUUCGACCAAUGUGAAUAAAAAGAAGCUCGUCGAAGAGAUUGGAGCCAAGCAUUUUGUGGUCUCGACAGAUCCGGAGAGCAUGAAAGCGGCUGAUUCAUCGCUGGAUUUAAUUCUAAACACCAUUUCUGCUCCCCAUGAGAUGUCCAAUUAUUUCGGGCUUUUGCGUCGGGAUGCCACCAUCGUUCAAUUGGGCUUGGUGGUCGAUAAUCACCAAGUCAAUCAAAUGGCAAUCAUGAGUAAGCGAAUCCGAGUUUCUGGAUGCUUCAUCGGUGGAAUGGUCGACACCCAAGAGGUCAUUGACUUCUGUCAUGCCAAGCAAAUUAAACCGGAAGUCGAAAUCAUCACGGCAUCCCAAUUAGAUCAAGUUUAUGACAAACUCAAAGCCAAGCAUGAUUCUAUAACAAGAUAUGUGCUCGAUAUUUCUAAGAGUCUGGAAUAAAUGCGUAUAAAAAUGG